CGGCCCCGCCUUUGCCUCCCAGCCCCUGCACCCCUCCCACUGAACUGCGGGACCCAGCGGAGCGGGCCAGGCUAGGCUGGCGACGCUGCCCGCUCCCGGGCUGGCAAGGGCCGCGGGCACCGGGCUCGGGGCUCCAGACGCCGCCGAUGGGAAGCAGCACUCGAAAGGGCGAGAGACGACGCCGCGGCCACCCAUACCAUCGCGGUCACCAUGGGGAACAAGCAGACCAUCUUCACUGAAGAGCAGCUGGACAACUACCAGUGGGCAGAGGCAGAAGAGCUGAACAGCAGGAGACAAAUGGGAAAGCCCUGCAUUGGUGGACAUUUUAAGUCUGGACUGCACUUUCUUCAAUAAGAAGGACAUCCUCAAGCUUCAUGCACGGUUCUAUGAGCUGGCUCCCAACCUCGUCCCGAUGGACUACAGGAAGAGUCCCAUCGUCCAUGUACCCAUGAGCCUCAUCAUUCAGAUGCCGGAGCUCCGGGAGAAUCCCUUCAAAGAGAGGAUUGUGGAGGCUUUCUCCGAGGAUGGCGAGGGGAACCUCACCUUCAAUGACUUUGUGGACAUGUUCUCUGUGCUCUGCGAAUCAGCGCCUCGGGAGCUCAAGGCAAACUAUGCCUUCAAGAUCUAUGACUUCAACACUGACAAUUUCAUCUGUAAAGAAGACUUAGAGAUGACGCUGGCCCGACUCACCAAGUCUGAGUUGGAAGAGGAUGAGGUAGUGCUUGUGUGUGACAAAGUCAUUGAAGAGGCUGACCUGGAUGGUGACGGCAAGCUGGGCUUUGCUGACUUUGAGGACAUGAUCGCCAAGGCCCCUGAUUUUCUCAGCACCUUCCACAUUCGAAUCUGAAGACACUGCCAAGGCCGUGGGGGCCUAGAGCUGCAUCCUCUGGCCUGCUGUCUGUGCAGGUAUGGUUUCCAAGUGCUCCAGGGAAGGAGCUGUGGCCUCUGGGGUUCUCACCCAUGGACAUUUCCUGUGGCCCUUUCAGCAAAAAAAUUAAAAUAAAAUAAAAUAAAAUAAAAUAAAAUAAAAAUCUAACUGCAACAGGGUUGUGAAGAGCAGGACCCUUCCCUGGGCCCCCAGUGGCCUACCCUCAAGACCUGUAGUUCCCCUGUGAGCCCUCUCACGCACCCCCUGCCCAGUCCUUUUCUCACCUAGGAGGGGGAGGUAGAAAAACCCACUGGGAGAGGUGAGGCUGGAUUUUCCGUGUGCUGGGCAGACACCCCAGCCACCCAGGGAUGAGUGCAAAAACCAACCAAGCAAAGAAAACAGAAAACAGAAAACAGAACCUGGGGCUUUAACAAGCUAUGCAAUCUUUUACCAAAGCCAAGGCUGGGCUGUACCACCUCCGCCCCCGUACUUUCCCAAUGUGAAGCUGUAUAAGGUUCGGUCCAAAGGGCUCUGCCCCUGUGUCUUGAACACUACCCCACCCCACCUCCCUGAUGACAUGGUAUCACUUAUGUGUGCUGACCUCAGAUUUGUGAACUCCUAGAAAUAAAACACUUUUUGUGUGCUGCACUCA